AUGUUAGGAUACACCGCCCACCAAAAUCUUUCCAAGUUCCUAAACAACAAGUAUGCGUUGGCUUUUCAAGCAAUGGCAUGGUCCCUCCUGGCGGGGCUUUUCCUCGAAACCUUCUUCUUCGCAGAUGAUGACGUGAACGUAGAGAACCUCGUGUAUAUCUUUACGAUACAACUGGUCUUUUUGAUCGUGCCACUGUCCGACCUGCGUCCGACGAGGUGGAGGCCCAUAACCAACCUCUUUGAGAAGAUGCGUCAUGUACGGACGCUCGCCGGCCACUUUCUGGACAUGAUCGUCGUUUAUGGCUACACGGUUCUGAAGUCCGAUUUGCCUACGGACAAGGGAGGAGGAUUCUGGCGUCUCAUACUCGCCGCCGUCUCUCUCUACUUUUGCAUCUCCGCAAACUCAGAGCUGCUCCGUAUUAAAGACCGAGGUAUGAUUAAUGGGGCGGCCUCGGUAAUCAUCCUGACUUCGAUGCAAAGCCUUGGGAUCUUCUGCAAAUUCCAAUUGCGACGCUGA